UUCCUGCUUCCAUCCCAGCUCUGCUGUCCUUCCCUGCCCAAGCCCUCACCUUGCUCUGCAGCCCAGGACAGUGACUGUUCCCAGAAGGAGGGCGGAGGAGCUGCGGGGUGGAUGAGAAGAGGAAAAUGCAGACAGAGAAGCACCUCACAGGAACAUUGAUCCUCUCCGUCUUCACUGCAGUAUUGGGCUUCUUCCAGUAUGGCUACAGCCUGGGGGUCAUUAAUGCCCCCCAGAAGGUGAUAGAAGCACACUACAGGCGCGUGCUGGGCAUUGUACCCCCGGACAGCCACGCCACCAAUGCCUCUGGGGAGGAUGGCACAGAGGGGACACUGCCACCCCCGACUGACCCUGCCACCUCCACACACAUCCUCACCAUGUACUGGUCCCUGUCCGUGUCCGUGUUCGCCAUCGGGGGCAUGGUCUCCUCCUUCACCGUGGGCUGGAUCGGCGACCGCCUCGGGAGGGUGAAAGCCAUGCUGGUGGUGAACGUCCUCUCCAUUGCUGGGAACCUGCUCAUGGGGCUGGCGAAAUUUGGGCCAUCCCACAUCCUCAUCAUCUCUGGGAGAGCAGUCUCAGGGCUGUACUGUGGGCUGUCCUCUGGACUGGUGCCCAUGUACGUCAGCGAGGUCUCUCCCACGGCCCUUCGGGGAGCACUGGGGACGCUGCACCAGCUCGCCAUCGUCACGGGCAUCCUCCUCAGCCAGGUCCUUGGACUAGACUUUCUUCUGGGCAAUGAUGAGAUGUGGCCCCUGCUCCUUGGUCUCUCUGGCGUGGCUGCCCUGCUGCAGUUCUUCCUGCUCUUACUGUGCCCUGAGAGCCCCCGAUACCUUUACAUCAAACUGGGGAAGGUGGAGGAAGCUAAAAAAAAUUUGAAAAGGCUUAGAGGAAACUGUGAUCCAAUGAAAGAGAUUGAAGAGAUGGAAAAGGAAAAGCAAGAAGCUGCUAGUGAAAAGAAAGUCUCCAUAAGACAGCUUUUCACCUCUUCCAAGUACAGGCAGGCUGUCAUUGUGGCGCUGAUGGUGCAAAUAUCCCAGCAGUUCUCAGGAAUCAAUGCGAUCUUUUACUACUCCACAAACAUUUUUGAGAGAGCUGAGGUUGACCAACCAGUUUAUGCAACCAUUGGUGUUGGAGUGGUGAACACGGUCUUCACUGUUAUCUCUGUCUUCCUGGUGGAGAAGGCGGGCAGGCGGUCCCUGUUCAUGGCAGGUUUGAUGGGCAUGUUAGUCAGCGCUGUGGCCAUGACAGUUGGGCUUGUGCUCCUGAGCCAGUUUGCCUGGAUGAGCUAUGUCAGCAUGGUCGCAAUCUUCCUCUUCGUCAUCUUCUUCGAAGUGGGGCCUGGGCCCAUCCCCUGGUUUAUCGUAGCCGAGCUGUUCAGCCAGGGCCCGCGCCCUGCCGCCAUCGCUGUCGCCGGCUUCUGCAACUGGGCCUGCAACUUCAUCGUGGGAAUGUGCUUCCAGUACAUAGCAGAUCUGUGUGGACCAUACGUGUUCGCAGUCUUCGCGGGUCUGCUCCUCCUCUUCUUCCUGUUCGCCUACUUCAAAGUCCCGGAGACGAAAGGAAAGUCCUUUGAGGAGAUCGCAGCCGUGUUCCGCCGCAAGAAGCUCUCGGCCAAAGCCAUGACUGAGCUGCAGGACCUGCGACGCAGCGAGGAGGCAUAGGCAUCCCAUGCACCCAGAAAGGAGGGACUGGGCAAGCACCUCCUUCAGGCACCAUGGCAAGAAUGUUGGGCAAAAGUCUCAUUUCACAAAAACCUUGCAGCUGGCAGACCAGGAGGAUUCAUCCAUCGGAUUCCUUCUGGCUGCUGGGGUUCACACCUCCCAGCCACAGGUGCUAACCUGGUAUUUCACUCUGAGACACUUGGGACAACUUGGGCUGCAGGAAGAGCCAGGGAAAGGACAGGAGGAGUAUGGUACAUAUCCAUCUCAAUCCCCUGCUGGAAGAGCCCAGUGGGACAGUGAUCUUACCAGACAGCAUAGAGCAGGGCUGUCUCUCAGCUGAAAUGAAGGAAAAAUUAGGCAUUUUUUUGGAGAAUCUUAGAAACUGUGGCUGGGCUGAUGGGCAUUUUCCCUACAUUUCAGCCAGAUUAUUUAGCUCUCUCUUUCUCUCCCCCUUCUCACUGCUGCAGCACAAGGCACAGCACAACACUGAGCACACAAAAGGCCUGGGCACUCCUGGUCUCCAUGUGAGGAGACUCGAGCCCUGCUGCCACCCCUUCCAUGGUGUGACCAUUGCCAGGGCACCUCCUUCCCCAUCUGCACCUUCCUUCCCUUCCUUUCAUUCAGUGCUCAAGACCCACAGGCUCCAGAUCCAGCCAAGGGCUCAGGCUGCUCAGAGCAACAAUUAAUGAUGACCCCAAGAAGAAAUGGGUAUUGGAAGGUGAACUGGAAGGUGCCACUCACCUAACUCCUAUUUUGCAUCACUUAGCAUUUUGCUGGCUGAGUAUUUCAGCCAAGAUAGUGUGCAUGCAGGAGGUCAGGCUGUUUCCAUAGCGUAGUUUGUGCUCCUUUUGCUUUUUAUGAGACAUUUUUAUGCGGCAGAAUCAAACUCCAAGGAUUUUUCUUCCUUUUUUUGGGGACAUAUGUUGGAACCAUGGUAAAAGCCUGCUCUCUGCUUGACUUUUAAGAUCUGCAUGCUCCUUGUUGUGAUAUCAGGUUACUUUUUAGCAACUUUCUGAGGGUAGAAAUCCAUUAUUUAUUUAGAGAUAAAACACUGGCAUUGCUUGGUCACUGUGUGCUCACCACGGCUGCUGGUGAAGGUGUGGUCAAAAUGUAACAGAAGAUUGAGUGUAAGGAAAAGCACAAAAUAGAUAGGCUGAGGAGGAUCAUGGUGAUGCUGUGGGUUUGGUUUUAGGGGAGGUUCAUGCUCCUUUCCACGUGCCUGAACAUUUUUUCCUUUGUAGAUUUUACUCUUGGUAUUAAGACUGUACAGCAAAUUCUGGUCGCUUCCAAGUGAUGGGAAAUGCAGCCUCAAGGUGCGCUGGCAGAAAUGCCUGGCCCUGGUGUGUGCACUGAAGCAGUAAGAUUGCACCAAAGGCUUUGCUGGAGUGACUGCUGGGAUUUAACUAGAGGAGAACUGGGUCAGUGCUAUCAUGUGCUGCAGUGGUGGGUGACCCAGGUCUGACACGGGGCAUGCAAGGCUGCUGGAAGCAGAGCCCAGGCUGGAGCUGAGAAGAGAGCAGCAGAGCUGGGGCACAAGGUCUGUGUCGAGCUGUCCAUCUGUGUGUUGCACACAGGUCCCCUCAGGUGACACCAACGGCCACAGCAGGCUCAGAAGCUCUCCACAGUGUUUACUGUAAGUUAAAUAUAGUGGAUUAUCUGAAUGUACAAAAAGGAGAAAAAAGAGGAUUCUUGCUAUCAGCUUUGUUAUCUAGGUCUGUUAGAUAAAAGAUGAACAACAUCUAUGGCAUGUGAUGGCUUGUGCUGCUGAUUUUCCCCCUCUGUACAUCUCAGACAUAUACCCAAUGCCAUAGAGGAGCUAUUUUCCUAGCAGGACACUUUUGCUCACAGGUGGUAAAAGCUGUGCAAGCCCUCAGCUAAAUCCCUUUGAAACAGCUGGUCCAGAGGUGAGACCUGGGGUUGGAUACAGCCCUGGAGCUGGUGGCAGCUGGCUCUGGGCCAGGAUGAACCCUGACUGGAGGGGUGCCAGUGUCUGGCCCCAGCUGUCCCCAGUGCCCUCUUCACCCCACUGUGAAGCACCUCUGCUUGCAUGGUGCUGGUGCAGCCUAGAUCCUGGUGCUGGGGCCUCUCUAGGCACAAGAGGCAGGAGGAGCAUUUGGGGAGAAGUGAAGUUCAAAGCAGAUUCACUGCUGCUCUGAGGGCCUACCCAGGCUGGGUUCCCUGUGAUCAUAGAGGGGGUACAAAAUGAUUUCCUAAACUUCUGCUAGGUUUUGUCCUAUUGUCUGUGGGGCAUCAGUGACUCUGCUGGCAGCUCAGCUGUGAGGGGCUGAUCACUGAUUAUUGAUCAACAUUGAGUAGUCCGUCCUUGUUUUCCUGUGUCACUGCUGAAUGUCAAUAGAAAGCCGGCUCAGCACAUAAAUCAGUUUAACAAAGCCCACAGCAUUAGCAUUGCCCACAGAUACAACACUGAACUUCCCAGAAGAGCUGCCUGGGAGUUCAGAGGCACCUAAGGAAAAUGGACUGUCAGGCUGUGUUUCCUUGCAGCAGCUGCCAUGUGGACGGUAAGGGAGUUUUCUUCUUCCAGCCUGGGACAGGAUGAGCAGAGUAAGGCAUUGCUGGCCUUUUGUCCUCCCCAUGGCUGCAGUGAAGAUUCAAGCUGGGCUUUACUAUCACAGGAGCACUUUAACCAUAUGCCACUGCAGGAUGGGGUCAUUAGAGUUAGUUAAAUCUGAUGAUAUAUUUACUUUUGUCUCGUCCCAUCAGGCUGAUAAUUAGGACUGUACACUUUAUCUGUCCUUGCUACAUGCAAGUUCCAGUUAAAACUUGUUCUUGAGACACAGCUUGUUGAAUCACUAUUUUUAUCUCUCACCAUUACAGUUUUACUAAGCUGCUAAUCAUUAAGAAAAUUUAAAAGACCGAGUCAAACUUAUUAGCUAAAUGGUUGCUGCAUUUUAGUAACAUACUAAAUAUGUUCUCAUACCAUGCCUGGCUAAUAAUGCAAUAUAAUUAAUAAUCCCUGAGAAAGCAUCUUGUCAGCAAGAGCUUUGACAGUGUUUUCCUAACGUGCUGAGACAACAGCCAUUAAGACUUUCCUGUUGUGCCAACGGUAUCUAGUCUCCCACUCUCUAGGCUUAAUUUUAAAAUUAGUUUGACUUCCCUAAUUCAAUAAACUUAGGACAUUUGGCCCCAUUAACGCUCUCCACACUAAUUUAUCACAGGUUUUUCUGCCUCACUUCAACUUGUUUUUCACCACUGAGAAGCACUACCCCCUGUCUCUGGAGUCAAACAGCUGAUAAUGUUGAAGCUAACCCAAGUAUUACGUAUGCAGGGACAAAGUCUUCGAGGUAUGAUGAAUUUUCUGAGGUGUUCGAUGUCCUUAUCUUACCGGAAAUCUAUGGGAGCUGAGGAAUUUCAAGGUAGAUAUCAGGUCCUGGAUCCAGCAGACUGUGUAAGCAUCAGAUUAAAUUUAAGGUAACUGAGUGUACUCAAGUGUUUCACUAAAUCCUGAAGCAACACUGGCAAAUUUUACCCAGAGGUACCGCCUGAGUAGCUGCGCUGAAACGGAAGGAAUCUCCUCCUCAGCACUGGGGCAAUAAAUCCUGGCUGCAGAUCAGCACUCCUUAAACUUUACAGGCUGUAGAUGCAACUGCAGACCCGAGGCUUGGGCAGUGUCCUGUGCUUUGCCUCCCUGCACUCUGUUCAGGAGAGACAGCGGCUCUGUGACUCUCUGAUCAGGUCCUGGGUGGGAUAUCCCUGCUCCAGCCCUGUCCCAGCCCCAGGAGGGAACAGCUGGGGUUACUUUGUGUUUUUCUUCUUCCUCGUAGGGAAGUUACAAUUACAGUGGUCCCUGCUAGCUCACACUGUCACGGCUUGCCUCUGAUCCCCAGUGUGUGCCCAGAGUGAUUCCCUGGGUUUUCAGACCUGGGCUCAUACAGGAAGCAGACUGUGAAUGGCAGGAAUAAAGCAGUGCCAGGAGCAGAGUGGGUACCUAUGGCAAGGUGACUUCAGAGGGUCCCUGACCCCAUUCCUGCCAAGCAGACACACUGUACCUAGGAGCUCUGAGGGCCUGCUGAGCGUGGCACUGUCCUGUGGAGGGGGAUCACUGAUCCACAGCUUCUCUCACAUCCUCCUGCUCAAGGCUGUGCCCACAAGCCAGCGUGAACCCUCACCCCAGCAGUCAGGACACGGUGGGAUCCCAGGGAAGUCAGCUCAGCAGCUGAAACAGACACUGCUCAGGUUGGAACAGGGCUGUUUACAGCACUCCACUCAUGACCUGGUAUUUCUAAUGAGAGACCUGACCCCACGGCCCAGGGGUGUAAACACCACCUCCUGCCUUCCAUGGGGCUGGAAACAAGGUGGGAUGUUUCUGGAAAUAAGGUGGGGUGUUUCUGGAAAAAAGGGGGGUGUUUAUGCCAGCACUGGCUGAAAUCCAUAUUCUCCAGGCUGGGCUUUGAUGAGACACUUUAGGGCAUCAGAUACUUCUCCAGAUCAUAACUGAGAACAGAUACAACUCACUAAGUUUAAAUCUAAAAGUUUUCUAGUCUCUCUUCACUUCUUAAGGACACAGGUAGGAGCAGCAAAGCUUGAUAACAUCCUGAGCCUCCUUGAGAGAAAAGAAGGGUGAUCCAGCUGUGCAACACUGGAAAGAAAGCACUCUUAAAUGUGAAAGGCCAUACUAUUUUAUUUACAAAUAUGCUUUGAAUCAAAUUGCUGUUCUUGUAUAGAAAAGUGGGAUAAUCACAAUAAUACUAUCAAGAAAAACACUUUAGAAAAUUAAUGUUGAUCCAGACAAAGGAACGAUGCCUGCAGGCAAUAACUGAUGAAUUGGAUUCCCAAUGUUUUUUACUGAAUAUCAAGUAAAGGCUGUAUUGCAAUA